AUAAUCUCUUCUAGUUUUAUAAUAAUAUAUUUAAAGAAAUUGUAAGGAAAUUUUCAAAUACAGCGGCAAUAAAUGGUUUCGAUACAAGUAUUGAUCAAACUUUAUGGACGGAUGGUUUUGUUUGAAUCCACAACUAUAGCAAGUGAGCCUUCUUAAGUCAACUGGGGGAGAAGUGUUAUUUGUUUCCUACGAUGGAAAAUGUGCGAAAAGAAUUGACGAAAAAAAUUGUAAACGAAUGUAAAGUGAAAGAAACACCAGUAACUAAAGAUUUGGCCUCAUUUUUGCUUUCUCUGUACCAAUUAAAUCCAACAUACCAAAUAAAAGAAAACGAUGUGGAGAACAAUGCGAAAGUAAUUCAAGCGAUAGUAGAGAGGCUAUGUGAUCAAAACAAACCUUGUUUGAUAACUUUGAAAAAUCAGCUGUACUUCGCCAAGCAUUAUCAUGACAGAGACGAAACUGUCAAAAAACAUCGGUUACGACUACACCAAAAGACUGGACCUUUAGUUGCCGAAAUUUGUGAGACUACUAAAUUGAAAAGUGAAAAGGAUACGGAAAAACUGUAUCAAAAAAUAUUAGCAGUGAUAACGCUGCUAAGCGGUCUUGGAAGUCCUACAGUCCCCUCGAUUCUAAAAGAGGUUUCGGUGGCGUUGCAGAGUGUCUUUCAACCUUCUGAACUAGCUCACUAUGUGACUUUAUCGAAACGGGAAAAAGAAGAACAACUAAUGGAGUUAAUGUGCAUAGUCGCUGGAAUCCGUUUGUUUAAUAGAGAUUGUCAACGCGGCGGCGAGGGAAUCGACGAUCUACCUAGCAUCCUACAAGAGGCUUUAACGAAAACCCGUAAUUCUGUCCUCGAGCUAUUAGAACCACUAAUGGCCAAGGUGUACAAAUUUACGGCUAUCGUAGAAAACACGAUUACGAGCACAUUGAACGACACUUCGUACGCUUGCAGUUCGAAAGAAGCGGUGUCUGAUCUUGAAGAACAAAUUGAGUGGGCUAUCGAGAUGCUAACAUCUAGUCGUCAGCAAGAGAUUUACAUUCGAAAGCUGUUGGGCGAUGUGGAGCGCAGUGAGAACGCAGUAAAGACUCUGAUGGACCGUCUUCAGACACGACUCUUUAAACUGCACAAUACUGUUCGAUACAGAACGGCUAUUCCUACUGCUCAAGUCUACCCACAAUUCAUUGAUCUAGCGGAUAUAUGGAUGGGUUUGCAAGAUGAAGUAAUCAUUUUGAGCAGUAUUAACAACUUCCUUUGGGAAUUACAGAAUCUGAGUAACAAGACUGUAAAUGACUAUCAAACAAAGCUGGAUAACAUAGCUCAAAAUAUAGAUGUUCUGACUGAUGCUGAAAGAUUGGAACGUUCUAUGGGCAAUUUAAUAACGGAGUGUGGAGAGUGUUUAAUAUAUUACCCAAACGUUAUAAAGGACUUUGAGAAAAUUAAUUUAGAGUUUCUAGGAUUUUGUGCAUGGACAUUUGCCACGGUUAAAGGAGCUUUAUUACCGGGAAAUCCGAACAACGGUGUGGCAAAAUGGCGAGGAAAAUUUUACGCUUUUAAAUCGCCCGAAGUAGCAGCUGAAUUUGGAAAAAAUCCCGACAGGUACGUUUACGAGGCACUCAAUUUUGUUCGCAAUCAUCCGGAAUAUAUCCAUCUAUUCCAAUUGCACGAAGAAAUUAAAGCUAUGCAAAAUCAAGAAGAAUUGACAGAGAAAGGAUUACAAUUAAAAGUUCGUCAUAAUCAGAAGAUUCAAACGGACGUUCACAUACUUCCGCCUUACAUUGAUAAAGAUUAUACUUCCAACGUUUGGGAGUUGAAACGAAGAGCAUUGCGUUUGGCAAAUAUAAGUCGAUGUGUUACUCGUAGUACGCAGACAUUCAACUCGCACUUUCGAUAUGGUGUUUACGUACAAGCGACUCCGCCUCAGGAUAAGGAAGUUCAAACCAGAAGAGAUAACUAUACAAAUACAAAGAAUCUUAAAACAUUUAUAUUUGGCUUGCGAGGCAGGCGGGAUGAUAAUCAACAUGUUCUGUCGUUUUUAGAAGAGGAGCUUGAACACUUAUAAAAUUUAAGUCAAUUUUUUUAGAUAAUUAUAAUAAAUAUUUCUAUCAAUGACUCGUAAGGUAUAUGCAUUAAUCAGAGAACAAAAAUAUAAUAUUAAUAAAAAAAAAAAAAAAUAGAUUUUAACAGAGAGAAGCCACAUAAUAGUAUCGUAAAUAAUCAAUAAUACAUGUGAUUAUAUUGAUUUAGAUUUAGAACAUUAAAGGAUAUGUAUCGGAUCAUGAUCAGAGGAAUGCCAGGAAAUAAUUGAAAUAAAUUACACGCGAUUUAAAAAAAAUGAAAGCAAUACUCUUUUUAAUGACACUUCCAAAUACAUUUCACGGAACAUUACAGCUUAAACCAUUUUUUUUCUUUUUAGGAAACAUAAAAUUAGCAUUAUAAUUUAUCAUUCCGUGCGCACAUAUCAUUUUCCUUGCAUAUGCUUUCGUUAUCGCAAACUGUAUGAAUUCAUUCGUGUGGCUUUUCUCGUGAUUUAGGCCAGCUUUCUUUAAUUUAUAUUCAAAAUACACGAAUUUUACACAUGUCAAAAGCUCGAACAGACGUAUGCGGUUAAGACUUCGCACCUCGCUCCGUGAGCCCAUUUUACUUCCUACAUUUCAACAUUGCGCCAGAGACCACUGCGCGCACUGUGACUUUAAUGUGCUUAUAUCAUACUUUUCAAUGAAUAUAUUGUUUUAUCAUUAGAUCUUAAAUGUUAGAUUUUCAAUUUUUACACCAAGAAACCUAUAUUACGACAAUAAUUAGUAAUUACACGAUAAUACAAUUAAACUUUGCUUACAUUUUCAUGUGUUUAAUGUAGCUAUUAUACAGAAGAGGUACAGGAUGAUUUUCCGCAUAGCUUCUCUCUUUGUUUUUCCGCAUUUCUUUUAAACGUCCCACACUUUUUUUCCCAUUUUGGAAGUGAAGUCUAUCAAUUUGUUACGUCCAAUAUUUCCAAGAAGCAUUUUAUUUAAAAGAGUAAUAAAACAAAAUAGACAGAAAUACCAUGUCCCUAACAACACACACGUUCGAAAGAUGUUUAAAGGACAUUCAGAGAAACAUUGGAUGAAUGUUCAUCUGGAUGUCUUCUGAAUGUCUUUCGAAUAUGUGUGCUGUUAGGGGUAGUAAUUUCACACCGAAGGAUAACCAAGAUACUUGAUAAUAGAAAAAAAGAGAAAUUUUUCAAAUAUACUGAAAGCAAUUGUGCCACAACUUGAUAAAUGUGUCAGUUAAAAUAAAAUUUCUCAAAAAAAAUUAUUUUCAAAUUUAAAUGUACAUUGCUAAAUUCUUCAUUUAAAUGUCAUUGUUAUAAUGGUGCGUCGUGUUACCGCGUUUGGAGUAAGAUAUUGUUAUUAAUCACGAUCAUACAAAUGAUAUAACAUUUAUUUUGAAUUAGAUGACUUAAAACCAGCUUAUUGACUAUUGGCCACUGUAAUGUCAUUUUCAUUUCGAAAUCAUCUGAACGUCCAUGGUAAUAAUUGUCCCAAUGUUAUAAUCAUAGGAAAACACUGGCAAUUAUACUCGUUACAUAUUAUCAAAUAUUAUUCCUAACAUUUGUUGGAAGUCACAUCUAUGAUGCCUAUAGAAUCAAAGUAUGAUAUUGUAAUAACCAAUGGGACAAAAUAAUUACGAUGGACGGCAGAGUACGUCGGAAUGGUGUAAACAUGGUCUAAAGUCUUAAGUCGCAAGAAAUACGUUUGUGUUUCAUGUAUAUAUAUAUGUAUAUAUAUAUGUAUCGUGAGAAAGAUGGAGAGGUGCACGAGACGCACCUUGGAAUAUGUUAUAUAUGUAUAUAACUUGUCGGAGAUCGGGAUUGAAAUAUGAUUUAAUCUACAAAGUGAUUUUUGAGAUAUUUCAUCAUUCCAAAAGUUCUGAAACGCUUUACGCCGAUUACCUUCAUUAAUUCUUCAUCGCAAAUUGCAAAUUGUUUAUUCUUAGGAUCCUGUAAAAAUUAUUUUAUUGACAACAUGUGACACUUUUUAUAAAUAUAUCUGACAUAUA